AUGAAAUUGGGAUAUUUGGGACCAGUUGGGAGUUAUUCGAAUAUAUUAACAGAGAAAUACUUUGCUCACUCCACAUACACUCUCCACCCGCACUCGCAGAUACAGCAGCUCUUUGAAAAUCUCGACAGCGACGCAAUUGAGUUGGCGAUUGUACCGAUCAGGAAUUCAACGUUUGGGGAGGUACGCGAGAGUGCUGAGGAGAGAGCAAUACGGCCGAAGCUGCGAAAGCUAAGAGAAUAUUCACUCAAAGUGGAGCAUUGUCUUGUGGGAAGGCAGGGAAGUAAGGUGGAAGACGUACAAUUGGUCAGCUCACACGAGCAAGCGCUGGGACAGUGUAGGGAGUAUUUAGCAGGCAGAGGCAUAGCCAAACACCUCAAAGCAUCUUCUACCGCUAACGCUACGCAUUCUUUGUCAACACAAAACUCAAUUGAAGGCGUGGAUGUGGGGAAAUGUGCGAGUAUCUGCUCAGAGAGUUGCGCAGGUUUGUUCGAUAAUCUUGCUAUACUGGAUAAAGGUAUACAAGAUAACAAAGACAACACUACAACAUUCUAUCUCAUGUCUUAUAGAGAUAUUGAUGGGCAUUCACAGUCACCAAUCACCACUCAACAGAAUAACCUUUUUGCGCCGUUGAGAAGAUCGCGGAGGAGUAGAUAUAGGAGAGCUUAUGCAAGUGCAGACAUACAUCUACAAUUCAAUACACCUAGAGUGCGCAGCAAUAGCCUAAAUAGAUCCAUCUUCCAAUAUUUAUACACUUUCUUUUCAAAAGCCGAGAAGCCGACGCAUACGCAGCCAAUCAACGACGAAUCCAAUCUACACAAGGAGAAGGAUCAAUUGGAUGAGUUCUUGAGCGUCGAUAGUAGCAGUGGCAGUGGUACUGUCAAGAAGCGCCCAUCGUAUCAUGAUUUACUCACAAACCCACCAAAACAAAAACAAUCAAACAAAACCAAAGACCAGCAAAAUCCAUUUGCGCCGCCCUUUAAUAGGCGACGAACAACCUCUAGUGACGGUUUACUUCCGAAUCCAUUGCCUUCGCGAAAUUUGUUGGCUGUGAGUGGUGGCAGUACAACUACAACACCUUCAACAUCUUCAUCGCCUUCUCAUACCCCUUCAAUCGUUGAGCAACAAAAGAAGUUGACAAGCAAGUCAACAGGCGUGCACAUGCCAAAAACUUUGGUACUUGACUUGGAUGAAACACUGAUUCACUCUACUAGCAAAGCACCCGCACGUAUCGCCAAUUCUUUCAGUCUUGGUUUGAGAGGUGUUUUGCAGGGAGGCAGUAAUGAUGGCGGUGCACAUAUGGUUGAAGUAGUUUUAGGUGGUAGAUCGGUACUCUAUCAUGUCUAUAAACGACCUCACUUAGAUUUCUUUUUAAAAAAAGUGGCUAGUUGGUAUACACUUGUGAUAUUCACCGCAUCAAUGCAAGAAUACGCAGAUCCUGUUAUUGAUUGGAUAGACGGUGGCAGGGGGGUGUUUGCAAAGAGGUUAUUCAGGGAAUCAUGCACACAAGCCUCGAAUGGAUCUUAUAUGAAAGAUCUAGAUGUUAUAGAUAAGGACAACGAUUUGAGUAGAGUAGCUCUAGUCGAUAAUUCACCUAUCAGCUACUCGAUAAAUCCAGCCAAUGGGAUACCAAUAUCUGGACAGUCUGCGCUUCACAACGGACGUUCGACGUGUUUUAGGAGUUAG